AUGCCCAUCACCGAGGUCUGCAACGUCCGGGUCCUGCGGCUAGACCACGUCGCCGAGCAUGCCACGGUCAAGUUUGUCACCAGCCCGGGCAACAUUGUGCCGCUGGAAUCCAUCGCGGAUACGUCGAUCGACGGCAGCGGAUGCACGCUGAUGCCCGGGAUGAUUGACGCCAAGAUCGACGUGGGCGCCUCGCUGGACGCGUUCGACGCCUACGCCGCCUGCGGCAUCACCACCAUCAUCGACUCGAGCAGCUCGUCGGACGAGAGCCGGGCCAUGGACAUGGCCGCGGCAGACGACCCGGGCUUGCCGUCCUACCUCGCCACCGGAUCCGCCAUUGGGCCGCCGGACAAGCUUGUGAGCGUAAAAAACUACAGGGGGGUGCAGACGGUGGCGACGGCCGAUGAGGCGGCGCGGCUGGUGGAAUCCAAAAUCGUCUCGGAGCGGGCGGCCCUCGUCGCCAUCAUCGUCGACCAGCCCGGGCUGAGCGAGGACGUCAUCGCGGCGGCCGUCAAUGAGACGCACCGCCACGGCAGCCUGGCCAUUGCGUACGCGACCCAGUCGGGGGCGUACAGGACCGCCGUCGAGCUGGGCUUCGACGUCCUGACGCCCGUGGCCGUCGACGCCGCGCUGGACGCUGACGUCAUGGACAAGAUUGUGCAGAGGGGCAUCGGCGUCAUCCCCACCCUGUGCUUCCUCGAGAAGGCUGUGCCGUCCUGGCGACGGCGCGGCUUCGCCUGCGACUUUUCCGUGGCGGUCAAGACGGUGAGGGAUCUGCAUGCCGCCGGCGCCAAGAUAUGCACGGGGUCGUCAGCGAACCCGUCCGAGGAUACUUCCGUCAGGUUCGGCCGGGGACUGCAGGAAGAGCUGCGGCAGCUCACGCGGGCGGGCCUGUCCAACGCCGAGGUUGUCCGGGCGGCGACGUUGGAGCCGGCCUUGCUGUUCGGCCUGGACGACAGGGGCUCCAUCACCACGGGCAAGAGGGCGGAUUUGGUCCUGGUGGAGGGGGAUCCCCUGGAGGAUCUCGACGCCCUCUCCAAGAUCCAGUGCGUCUGGGUUCAGGGCAUCAAGGUGAACGAGUACACCUCGCGCGGCAAUGCGCUGGCGCAGCGCUACGGCGGGCUGCGAGAAUCCUACAAAUCCCUCAAGCAUGCCUUUACUAUUCUCUGCACCGGCUCCGAGCAAGAUGCCGUCAGCGCGCUCAAGGUCAUACGCGAGGCGCAAAAACAGGAGAGCCUCGCCUCUGUGCUCGCUCCCAACCCCCCCGGCUUCCAUAUCCCUCCUCCGCUCAUGAGGCAAAGAGCAGCCUGGAUGACGAGGGUUGCCUUGGAUAGGAAUCAACCAUCUCUUUAUUCAAUGAUGUUGACCGCGCAGCUAGGACACCAUCUCUUGCCGCUCUCAAACUGGACCUCAGUCGCCGCCGGUGACGCUUUGCUAACGCACUUGUUCAAGCUGUUCUUCACCUGGGACACAACGCUGACUCGACUGUUCCACCGCCGUCUACUCACCGAGAUCAUUGUCUACCGCCAGGUUGCCGAGAGGCUAUAUGAGAACCAGCUGGAUGCCCAGUUCUGCUCCGAGCUCCUGGUCAACUCCAUCCUGGCGUACGCUACGGCAUUAUUUUUUGAGCCCAUCCCCACGCUGAAUAGCGAGGACUUUGCCCGAGAAGCACACAGCCUGCUGGACGCUCACCAGGGAGACGUCACACUGUCAUUGCUCCAGGCUGUUGCCAUAAUGUCAACCUAUGAACAAGCCUUUGGAGACGGAAAAAAACUGGCAAGCCUGUGGUCGAGAUACCUGAUCCAUUUGCCCAUGGUUAACGCCCGCUUUCUACAAAGCCUGACGCCGGGACACUACGUGCGGCACACAAAGGCGCAGCAAGCGAUAUCGCUUGGACUCAGCGGACUGUACUGCUUCAACAUCAAGACUUGUGUCAUUGCAGCCACUAACGUGCCAAGGGGUUGGGCAGCGCAACUGCUUUCCACAGACGGCAAUGAGCCAUCCGACCUAGUACAAGUGGUUGAGCGGUUGUGGACUCCGUAUCCCAUCUCGAACCAACCGCAGAUAUCCUACGCUGCCGAAGCCCUCGUGGUUGAAUACACCUUGGUUCGCUUGGUGGCCGAAUGCCUGGACAUUGCUUACAGCAACAGGACUGCUCUAAUGCCCGACCAUAGUAGCGCCAAGAACAUAUAUAGUCGGCUACGCAAAUGGCACGAGCUGAAUGCUCAGAGGUUCCAAGGACAAGGUUCCGUCAUUCCGUCGUGGAUUGCUAUUCUGGUCCUCUACCACUGCGGUAGCAUACGUCUUCUCGAACCAUUCGUUUCUCUCCCGUUUAUCCAAUUCCGCGAUCACAUGAAUGCCGCUGUGCUCUGCCAAAUGCACAGCGAAGCCAUCAUCCUGGCACUCACGAGAAGCAAGGACGUCCUGUCGGCGCGGCAUGACUUUUGGCUGUCGUACGCCUGCAGCCUCGCUGUCAAACACUUGCUGCUGAGAAGCGAGGCCGCUGGGCCGGGCGAAGAUUACCUCUGGAGAGGCUGCGAGCUGCUUUACCUGGCUGGACAGUACAUUCCGGAGGCGAACCGAAUCAUGACGGACAUUGGCAAGAUUGCCGCCCGGAAGGGCCUAACCCUGUCAAAGAGAGUGUGGGGGCUUCUCCAGGCCAGUACCGUGAGCGUACGGAAUACCGUCAUUGGGAAUACGUCGUAUGUGAACCUGCUGGCGGGCAACCUGGGCCUGUCGCCAGCUGGUAGGAUCGUCUUUAAGCGCGGGAUUGAAACGAUUGAGUGA